AUGGACCGCCGCCACGGCGCCUCGAUGGACGAUGGCAUGGGCAUGGGCCACGACGGAUCUACCACUGCUGCUGCCGCUGCCUCGGGAUCCCCUAUGCACAUGACCAUGAUGGCCAUCUUCCAGACCGACAUGGCCACCUCGCUCUACUCGGCGGCCUGGACCCCGAGGAACGCCGGCGCCUACGCCGGCACCUGCAUCUUCAUCAUCGCCCUCGCCAUGCUGUUCCGGGCCUUGCUCGCCUUCAAGGGCUGGCAGGAGGAGCGCUGGCUCGACGGCGAGCUCAACCGCCGCUACGUCGUCGUCAACGGCCGCGAGUCGCUGUCGCGCCAGGUCUCGCGCGACUCGAUGGCCAAGCGCAUGGUGCUGUCCGAGAACGGCGUCGAGGAGGACGUCAUGGUGCUCAAGAAGAAGCACAACCACGUCCGCCCCUGGAGGCUGUCGGUCGACCCGCUGCGCGCGCUGCUCGACAUGGUCAUCGCCGGCGUCGGAUAUCUACUUAUGAUUGUGGUCAUGACGAUGAACGUUGGCUACUUCAUCUCGGUUCUGGGCGGCACUUUCCUGGGCAGCUUGCUGGUCGGAAGGUAUGCCGUCAUCUCUGAACACUAG